AUGCCGGGCUGGGGCUCGGCGCAAGCCCGCCAGGAUCACAACUUAGUCACCACUGUGCGGCCCCCAAGUCGCUGCUGCUGCUGCCAUGAGGGAUUAGGAGCAGGGUCGCGGCGCCGGCUAGCAGCCGGCCCCCUCCAGUCCCUGGGUCUGGCAGUGCAGCGGCGGCUUGGUAGUGAGCAGGCGGGAAGCGGAUGUCCAGUCCCCGCCAAGGAGGGCAUGGACGUGGAUCUGGACCCAGAGCUGAUGCAGAAGUUCAUCUGGUUGGGCACCACCGACAAGGACGUGCUCAACUCCGAGUUCCAGCAGCUGCUUGGCUUCCAGCUCAACCCGGCCCCGGCUGGCUGCGCCUUCUUCCUGGAUACCAACUGGAACUUACAAGCGGCAAUUGGCGCCUAUUACGACUUUGAGAGCCCUAAAAUCAGUGUGCCCUCCCUGUCCUUUGGUGAAGAUGUUACCAUAGGAGAAGGGGAGUCAAUACCUCCUGAUACUCAGUUUACAAAAACAUGGUGGAUCCAGAAUUCUGGGACAAAGGCCUGGCCUCCAGGGGUUUGUCUUAAGUAUGUCGAGGGAGACCAGUUUGGACAUGUGAACAUGGUGAUGGUGCAACAAUCGUUAGAGCCACAGGAGAUUGCGGAUGUCAGCGUCCACUUGUGCAGCCCCAGCAGAGCAGGAAUGUGUCAGGGAGAGUGGCAGAUGUGCACUGCUACAGGACUCUACUAUGAUGUCAUCUGGGUGAUUCUCAGGGUGGAGGUGGGUGGACUGUUAGGAGUAACGCAGCAGCUGUCAUCUUUUGAAACGGAGUUCAACACACAGCCUCAUCGCAAAGUCGAAGGAAACUUCAACCCGUUUGCCUCUCCGCAAAAGAACCGACAAUCAGAUGAAAACAACUUAAAAGACCCUGGGGGUUCUGGGUUUGACUCGAUCAGCAAAAACACAUGGGCUCCUGCUCCUGACCAAACCGAGAAAUAUCCGAAUAGACUCUCACAGAACUCUGUAAAUCUGUCCCCCAGUAGUCACGCAAACAACUUAUCAGUAGUGACUUACAGUAAGACCAUGGAGGCUGACGUCAGUGGCCUGCACAAGGUGCAGGAUGAGCUGACCCUGGCCAGAGCUGACCUGGAGGUGCAGGAUGAGAACCUGACUGAGGAACUGGCCUACCUGAAGAAGAACCACGAGGAGGAGUCUGGCUACAGUGGUGGUGAAGGCGGCAUCAUGUGGUCAUGUGGGGAGCAAGUGGCUGUGGUGAGGAGCUCCAGGCUGGCGGUGGUGGCAAGGAUACCCAACACCAAAGCUGAAUUUCCCAUUGCCACUGCCUAUGGCCAUCCAGCCUGA